UCCAUCUGCUGCGCUGCAACACCGCGAGUCCGCAUCGCACAGCACCACCCGCACACCCAGCUCGCCGCUGCGCCCAGGAAACUUUGAUCAAUCCAUCCAUACGCCCUGUAGUGCCGCAGCGCCAGCAACGAGAGGCUUCCGCGCCACCCCGCAACGGCAGGCUUGUGUUCGUUUCGGCGGAUUUCGGUGGGGAAUUCGGCGGCGUGGUGAUAGCUAGAGCAAGAGGGAGUAGGCAUGGGGCGUGCGCCGUGCUGCGACAAGGCGAGCGUGAAGAGGGGGCCGUGGUCGCCGGAGGAGGACGAGCUGCUGCGGAGCUACGUCCGGAGCCACGGCGCCGUCGGCAACUGGAUCGCGCUCCCGCAGAAAGCAGGGCUUAACCGGUGCGGCAAGAGCUGCCGGCUGAGGUGGCUCAACUAUCUCCGCCCGGACAUCAAGCACGGCGGCUACACCGAGCAGGAGGACAUGGUCAUCUGCUCCCUCUACAACUCCAUCGGAAGCAGGUGGUCUAUCAUCGCGUCCAAGCUUCCCGGCAGGACGGACAACGACGUCAAGAACUACUGGAACACCAAGCUCAAGAAGAAGGCCAUGGCCAUGCACCAGCACCAGCAGCAACAGUACCACCACCACGGCAGCGCGGGCCGGGGACAUACCGGCGGCGCGACGAUCGCCACGCCACCGCCCGCCCCUCAGAGCCAAUGCGCAUCAUACAUGCAGCCCUCGCCCGCGUCCGCCUCGUCCGCUGUCACCACGGCGAGCGGCGACGCGGCCAGCUUCGGCGCCAUGUACUCCCCGUCCCACCAGGCGCCACUCGCUCACUAUAACGUCAACGCCGCGGCGCCACUUGCCGAAUUCUCGGCCAUGCCGAUGCCGGCCGCGGCCAACAGCUGGGCCAUCAAUAUGGCGUUCGAGGACAUGUUUUUGCCCGAGCUCGUCGGGGGCGGGGACUUCUCCCAGGCGGACCUGUUCGGCGGGUUCGGGGCGUCGCUGCUACAAGCGCAAGACAGCAGGGCGUCGUCCCUGCAGGAGCUCUCCGCGUGCUACUUCCCCAACGUUCAGGCGGAGAUGUGGGCGGCCGCCGCCGACCACGUCAACGUCAAGCCGCCGGGCGCCGGCCUGUGCCCCAGCCUGACAUGAAAAACAAAAUGAAGCCACUAAUGUCACCGCAUCCAUGUGCAAGAUGUUCAUGCCUAGUCGUCGAUCGCCGUAGCUGCUGGCUGGCUGGCGCCGCCUUGUCCCUGUUAAUUUUCUGUGUCCAUGAGAUGGAUUAUUACAUGUACAUUAUCUUGUCCGCCACUCCACUGCUAUGUCAUAGAUGAUGAGCUAGAUUUGGAUUC